AUGACGGAGUUCCAUCUACAAAGCCGGACUUCCUCAGUGAGACUAACCUUCAUAAGGCUGUCCUUAGGGCAGCUAAACCCAGUGAGACCCCCUGGGUGUUCCACCUCAUUUCUAGUGGUCCCCUCUUUCACCCCAGAGCACUGGAGAAAUAUGAGAGAGGCAAACCUCAGCCGAGGGAUUGAGUUUGAGCUCUUGGGCCUGACCAGUGACUCCCAGCUCCAGAUGCUGCUCUUCGUGGUGUUCCUGGGCACGUACACCAUCACUCUGCUGGGGAAUCUGAUCAUGUUCCUUCUGAUCCACGUGAGUGCCACCCUGCACACACCCAUGUACUCCCUUCUGAAGAGCCUCUCCUUCUUGGAUUUCUGCUACUCCUCCACGGUUGUCCCCCAGACCCUGGUGAACUUCUUGGCCAAGAGGAAGGUGAUCUCCUAUCUUGGCUGCAUGGCUCAGAUGUUCUUCUAUGCGGGCUUUGCCACCAGUGAGUGCUAUCUCAUUGCUGCCAUGGCCUACGACCGCUAUGCUGCUAUUUGUAACCCCCUGCUCUACCCAAUCACCAUGUCUCCUGAGAUCUGUGCCUUUCUGAUCGUAGGCUCCUACGGUGCAGGAUUUCUCAAUUCUCUUAUCCACACAAGCUGCAUCUUCAGUCUGAAAUUCUGUGGUGCUCAUGUGGUCACUCACUUCUUCUGUGAUGGCCCGCCCAUCUUGUCUCUAUCCUGUGUGGACUCCUUGCUAUGUGAAAUCCUGCUUUUCAUUUUUGCUGGUUUCAACCUUUUGAGCUGCACUCUAACCAUCUUGGUCUCCUACCUCUUAAUUCUCAUCGCCAUCCUGAGAAUGAACUCAGCCCAGGGCAGAUUCAAGGCCUUUUCCACCUGUGCUUCCCACCUCGCUAUAGUGUGCCUCUUCUAUGGCACAACACUUUUUAUGUACCUGCGCCCCAGGUCCAGCUACUCCCUGACCCAAGACCGCACGGUUGCUGUAAUCUACACAGUGGUGAUCCCAAUGCUGAACCCCCUUAUCUACUCUUUGAGAAACAAGGAUGUGAAAGAAGCUUUAAGAAAGGUUUUGGGCAGGAAAAUAAUGGAAUGA